UUUGACUUAAACACUACCAAAUUAUCUCCCUUAGUUAAAUUUUAGGACGGUUUCGCAGAAAUUAUCAGUUCACUAGCUGUAUAAGAAGAACCUAAGUCUUAGAUUAAUCCAGUGUGAUUUAUAUGAGAUAAUGCAAGGUAUAGGCAGCAAAUACACCAAUAAAACAAAUGAUGGUCUCAAACCAGCCUGUAAGAAAUGUGGCUAUGCUGGACAUCUAACAUUUCAGUGUCGAAAUUUUGUGAAGGCAGAUCCUGGUAAAGAUAUUGUUUUAGAUGUCAGUAGUACUAGCUCAGAUACCUCAGAAGAUGACUUUAUCUCACCACUCAGUCAGUUCCAGCAAGAGAAGUACAAGACAGAAGAAAAGAAAAAGAAAAUAAUAGUAGAGAAAAGGAAAAAGAAAAAACAUAAAAGGUCAAGAUCAAGAUCUCCUAUUAUGAAAAAGGCAAAAGAUAAAGGAAAGAAGAGAAAAAAGCAUAAAAAGCACCUUGAACACUCUGAAGAGUCAGAAAGUGAUGAACACAAAAAAUCUCAUAAAAAACACAAAAAGCAUAAACAUUACAGCGAAUCAUCAACUGACAGUGAGGAUGAAUAUUCGCGUCAGAAGAAACAUUCACAUAAAUACAGUGACUUAUCUGAUUCAAGUGAUGAUGAUUAUAGUAAAAGAAAGAAAAGACAUAAAAAACAAAAGAAAUACAAGCAUCAGUGUGACCCUGAUAGUGACUCAGAUUCAGCUGAUAGUGACAGUAGUGAGAUAGAGCACAAAAAACAUCAUAAGCGUAAAGAGAGAAAACAUCAUCACCAUGACCACAGUGGUACUGAUUCAUGAAUAAAAGUAUAUUUUUGGUUCUCAGAUUUAUUUUGUAUCUGUCAGUGUAAGUUGGCAAAUUUUUUAGUGUAGGAAUGCAUGUAAACUGUAUUGACAAAUUAGGUGUAAGCAAGCAUUAUCUAAAACUGUAUUAUUUAGUAUUGUUUUAUUUGUACCGUACUGACAUUGUUGAGGGCAUAAUUUCUAUCAGAACUGAUAUUUAAUGUACAUUUUUAUAAUUACCUUUGAUCAAUUCUUUGAUUAACAUUUAGAGGACUAAGUUCACGAAGGAUUAAAAUUGGCCCUAAGAAGUUGAUGUUUUUUUGAUUUGGCCAAAAUUCUACAAAUUUCACAUAGAAAUAAUUGUGAUGUAACUAUUAGUACAAACUGACGUCUUUUUGACACAUCACAUUAAAAAUGACGAAGAAAUGACCCCUCAAGUAUUAUUUGUGUUGUAGCGUCAGUUUUGGUCAUAUUUUCAAUAAUUUUCAACACUUUUUCACAUAAUUUACUUUGGCGGCCACCCCUGAUCCAGAAAGUUUGUGUGUAUAGGGAUUCAAUAUUAUUAUUGGCAACUUUUGACUACAGAACAUUUUGGAUCCUAGGUUGCGGCCAAGGGUUUCCUUAAGCUUUUUGGUCCCAAAAAUGCACAAAAUCAUCUUUUUAUUGAUUUGAGGAUGUCCGACGGCGGGCGGCUGCCAAACUGUGUCCGUUCAUAAACAUGAAAACGCUUUGACGAAAUCGGAUAUUUAUUAUAUGAUUUAUUUUUAUUUUGAGUUAUUUCCCUUUGAACAGAAAUGGUGUAAUUAAUAAGUAUAUGGAUAGAUAGUCUAUCAAUGAUUGUAUCUCUUCAAUUGAUUUUAGUCAGGAGUUGUCAAAAAUUUCUUUAUAACUAUUUUUUUUAAGUCAUGUGUGUCUGGAAGGUAGAUGUCACAGUUGUUAUGUGGUAUUUUAUUUUUGAUGGGUGUGUUAAUGUUUAAUUUUUACUUGAUCCUGUUUGGGGGUCCAGAUUUGCAAUUAUCAUUUUCAUUAGAUAAUAAUCUAUUUUUAUUAAAGGAUGUAUUUCGUUACAAUACAUUGUGUAGAUAAAGUUGUUGACAUUGAUAGAUAAGUUGCAGAUAUUAGUUUGUGACAAAUGAAAGAAAAAAUAUUGGGAACUAUUGAUUAUAUAUAUAAAGUUUGAUUACACUAAGUGUUUUUAAGAUAACAAACAUGUGGUAAUUUCAAUCACAAUUAUAAUUGGAGUGACAGAUUUAUUUGAAAAUUUUGUGUUUCCUAAGUGUUGUUGAUGAUAAGCUCUGUAGGACUGUAUAAAUAUAGUUUGAAAUUUACUGUUCAUUAUUAGACAUUUUGAAGAUAAUUACAGAUAAUUUUUAUAGAUUUUUAAAAGACAUUGUAUUAAGAUAUUUUGGAAAUUUUUUUUUUCUUUUCUUGGUAAAUUUUUUGAAGAAUUUUGAGGUAGGUUUGUUUGUUAUUCUGUAUAAACUAAUUUUCUGAAUGCUA